AUGGCUUCGCGUGCAAGACUUCGCACCGUCUACGUCUACCCUCGACCUUCUUUGAUUACCCAGAGAAGACAUCGAACUUACGGUCAAUCCCGUACUCUUUUCCAAAAGGAUGGCACCAUUCCAUAUCUCUCGACUACGAUCCUGGAUCUAAAGAGGUCAUUUACAAAUCUUCUCGAAGUCACGAAGGAGGAACGAACAGCAACAGAGGACGCCAGGCCCAGACGCCAUGCAACGCCUGACACGUAAGAGAUGUCUUAUUCGCGUCAACUCGACGAUCAAGGCUGAACAUUUCUAAUUUCUUGCCAUUAUUGGUAACACUUAUUAGGGCCAUCCAGUACUUAAAAUCCGAAUACUCACGAAACCGAUCGCGCCCAGCCAGCCUUAUCACCAAUGAGGGAGAUGAAAAUGUGAAGAGAGUUCGGAACAUAUUUGAUGACCUACGGGCUGAGAUCAGGGAUGAAUACCAUGGGGAAUGGCGAGUUCUUGUAUUUCGAACAGCCUGUAGGUUCACGUCAAACUCUCAUGUACCGCGAAACCUGCGACUGAACAUUCAAUAGCAGAGUGUCGUGAUGCAGCAUUGAUACCCCCCCUCGGGGGGCCCGGACUAGUAGUUGUUACCACGGGUCUUCUGCGAGCGUGCACCAAUAACCACAUGCUAGCAUUUAUGAUAGGACAUGAACUAUCUCACCUUAUUGAUGAACACGCGGCAAAACAGCAAGCUAUUUUCAAGGACUUGACGAACGAGGAGAGAGAUCAGAUGCGCCCUGAGCAAGAGUACAUUGCCGAUAAGUUGGGUGCUACCAUGGCAGCAAAGGCCGGGUACGAUCCUCGAGGCGCUCGGCAAGCACUACGGCUGUUUCAGAUUUACGAACUCAGGAGAUAUCAAGGAAAAGCUCGUCCUCUCUAG